AUGACCUCUCCAGGCCACAUCCUAAUCCUGCUUUUGCUCCCAGCAUUGGCUGUGGCUCAAACAACCCCAGGUCUCUGUUCCGGAUGUGGGCCUCUCUCCCUGCCGCUCCUGGCCGGCCUUGUGGCCGCUGACGCAGUCAUGUCACUGCUCAUUGUGGGGGUGGUGUUCAUGUGUGCACGCCCACGACAGGAACCUAGGCAGGAAGAUGGCAAGGUCUAUAUCAACAUGCCUGGCAGAAAUAGACCCAACCAGAACCAGGACUUCUGA